AUUUUGUUUUAGAAAAAUGAAAGGAGAUAUAUAUAUAAAACAACAGAGUGAAAAUAUAUAACAUUUUAACCAGAUUGAUGGUAAACUUGUGAAAUAAAUAGCAUUUAGACAAAAAUGUAAACAUGUCUACUACAUCCAAUAAAACAAGCUCCUCAAACAGCUCCCAGUCUACUCAAGUUAAAGAUUUACCAUUCACACCCUCUAGUGGUCUACAAUCAGCAGCCAGUAUUGAUACAGAUACAUCUCAAGAAGAAUCUGUCAAAAUUCCCAAAAAAUCUCCAAUGAAAGGAUUUCAAGAUGAAAUACUGAGAGAAGUUUGUGCUAACAAUGGACUCAAUUUCAAUAAAUUGGAGAAUGGUGAAGGAGAAUCUUUGGGUGUAUUUGAGAUGUUUUUCUCUGGCUAUCCACAGCUAAUUGGUUUAAAGUAUUUUCCUAAUCUACAUACACUCACAGUGAUUGGUCAAACUGUAGAUAAAAUACAAGGUUUAAAUUCUCUGAGUAAAUUAAAAGAACUGUGGCUUUGUGAAUGUGAAAUAAAGAAAAUAGAAAAUCUCUCCCAUUUAAAAACUCUUCAUAAGUUAUAUUUAUAUUCUAAUAAGAUUAAUAAAAUAGAGAAUUUGUCAACAUUAACUCAACUAGAAGUUUUAUGGUUGAAUAAUAAUCAUAUUGAAAACAUUGAGAAUAUAUCUGCAUUAUCAAAGUUAAAAGAGAUUAAUUUAGCUGAAAACAAUAUUAAGCUAAUAGGUCACAGUUUUGAUGCUAAUAUUGGUUUAACAGAAUUAAAUUUAUCAGGAAAUCCAUUGUCUUCAUUAACGGAUCUUACUAAUUUAAUCAGACUUCCAUUUUUAAAAAGUUUAAGUUUUAAAGAUCCACAAUAUCAACCAUGUCCAGUCAGUAUUCUAUGUAAUUAUUCUAUUCAUCUACUAUAUCAUCUACCUACUCUACAACGAUUAGAUACUUACGAUGUAUCUUCUAAACAGCUUGCUGAAUUAGCUGAGAGUACAGUUAAUAAAAAGAAGAUGUAUUAUAACAUGAGAGUAAAAACAAUUCACUGUAAUUUAACAUCUGUUAUAAUCAAACUAGAGAAAUAUAGAGAUUUAUUAUUGGAAUUUCCACAUCAGAAGAUAAUGACUUUAGUUAGUGCAAUAAAAGAGUUAGAAAGAGAAGAAGAAAUACAAGUGUUAUCAGCUGAUGUUAAUAGUGAUACAGAAAGUGAACGAGAUGCCAAGGGAAUCAAAGAAAAUACUGAAGCGAAGUCAACAAAAGCUAUAGUAGAGAAAAUUCAAGUUUUAAAAAAGAGAAGGAAAGAAUGGGAAGAAAAGUGUGCUCAAUUGACAGCUCAUUGUGAAGAUAGUGUUAAAAGAAUUAAAGAACAAUCAGAAAGAUUAAUUAGUAGAUUAACUAUUGAAUUAGAAACUGGUGGUAAUGUAAGAUUUGAAGAUGGUACACCAUCAGAUGUUUGGUUUAGUUCAUGUCACGAUUUAGUCUUAUCACGAUUUUGCUCUGCUGAUUAUCGUGAUCGAGGUAUUAUGGGUAUAAAGAUACAUCGUAUAAUAAGAAUACAUCAUCGUAUGUUACGAACUAAGUUUGAUAAUAAACUCAAUGAUCUGACUGAUGAUAAAACAGUGGAAGAAUUUUCAUCAACAAAGUGA